CUAUCGUCUGGCUGAUAGAAAAGAUAACACGAAAACUGUGCCUGUAAAUAAAUUUAGGGAAAAAAUCCUAAUCCCCAGAUUGACUCUUUACUAAAUAAAUCAAAAUGCACAAGUUCAAAGAGUUAGGUUAGGUGAAAUUUCCGCACAUAUAAAAAUGUAUUUGUUUUUUUUAAUACAAAAUAUCGAUACAUUUGUAUAUAUUUUACACAUCCCUACCGGCAAUUCUUGAGUUACAAUUUGGACUAAAAAUUAAAUGCUGCGCUAGCGAAAGUCACCAUUAAACUGGUCUGGGGAUUCCCUGCCACACACGCCAUGAACUUCCCGCUGGCCAAUGCCAACAAGGACACGUUGCGGGCUGCCUGCAAGAAGUGCGGCUACGCCGGUCACCUGACCUACCAAUGCCGCAAUUUUCUCAAGGUGGACCCCAAUAAGGAGAUCCUGCUGGAUGUGGAGAGCACCAGCUCGGACUCGGAGCUUGACUACCUCACACCGCUGACGGAGCUGCGGGCCCAGGAGCUAAAAGGCGGUGCCGAAUUGCCACCGCCCACGCUGCCGACCACAACAGUUAACAAGGAUAAGGAUAGGGCUAAAGUGAAGGAGCGCGACAGGAACAAGGAGCGAGAGCACGACAGGGAGAGGGUCCGAGAUCGGGAUCGUGAUCGAGUUCGGGAGCGUGAACGCGACAAGGUGAGAGAGCGAGAGCGAGAGCGGGAACGCGAAAGGGAGCGGGACAGGGAGAGGGGGCACGACCGGAAGAGGAGCAGCUCCAAGCGGAGCCACAAGGUGGCCGAAAAGGAUAAGGACAAGGACAAGAAGUCGGAGAGACACAAGAAGCGCAAGAAGAAGAGAAGUCACAAGCAUAAAAAGGACACCUCCGAUCUGGCCAAAACCAAGUCAAAGAAACACCCAGGCGGCACCAGCAAAAAGUCAAAGCGACGACGCUCCUCUCCCUCCACCAGCAGCAGCAGCACCAGCUCAUCCGACUCCUCAUCCUCUUCCUCCGAUUCGGAUUCAGAUAACUCCAGUAGCAGCAGCGACGACGAUGGCGAUGAUUCCGAAUCCGAAUCGGAUUCCAGCGACAACGAGGAGUCCAGCACCAGCGAGUCCGAUGAGUAUGGCCGGAAAAAGAAACGUCAGGGCAAGUACAAGCGGAAGGCGGACACGGCCAUGUUGCGACGCAAAAAGACCAAGGUGAAGCGAAAGCGGCAUCGUGCCGGCAACUCUGGUGCCCCCACCGCCGGCAGCUACCUGAGCAGUCUCAGCGACAGCAGCACCUACUGAUUAGGAACCCGCGACCAGGGUAUAUAGCUGCGUUCCAAAGCAACUCCGCUCUCUCCCUCACUCUCUCUCCGUUUAAGAGCGUGUUGUCCCCUCCUCCACUUCCAUUCGAGACUGCCGGAUUCGCCAGUAAAAUAAUAACUAAUCCCUACCUUAAACCCUAGACUUGUCUCCUAGUUCUUAAGUUGAAUGUAUCAUCUGCAAAAUAUACAAAACAAAAAAUGGAAAA